UUCGGCGUGGAGAUACUAGUACUUAGUAGAAUGAUACUUGAUAGCUUCAUACGCUCGCCAGCGCGCAGCGCAGCAGGUAGAUCUACAAUGCCAUGGUAAAGCAAGAACAUUUUUGUCGUGCCACGGCCAGUCGAACGUUGGGUUGAGAAAGUAAUAAGUAAUGAGAAUGGAUCUGAUGUCCGAUUGGACAUCCGAAUGAAAAGUGGCUCUGGUUGCAGUUUUUAGCCCUAAUAAUCCCGCCCCAGGUUCGUCGUCGCUAAUUAUGGCAAGAUUGUUACCGAGCCGGUCCCACAUCUCAAGCCGAUGAUGGCUGCGUUGGAUUUCGUCUGCCCUAGGGCAAAUGUUUGCGUGUACGAUGCACUGAGAAAGUGCCCCUGGAUUCUCACUCUGGUGCUGCACAUCAUCCUGGCACUGGUCGUGACGCGAAUGGAUGCACUGGUUGUACUUGACUAUGGCAGUGCCACUGAGAAUGGCAGUGCUACUGAGAAUGGCACGCAGAAUUGCGAGUGGCCUGUUGACAAUAUCAGCUAUACAGGCCCGCUGACUGUUUGCGACAGCUCAUCACCCCCAAACAGGAUAGUCAGUGACGCGACGCUUUGUAAAGGAGACAAUACGAUUAUCACUGCAGAGACACUGGGAUGUGCUGACAUCACACCGCCAGGACAACCGCGGGAUCUUACUCAAAAUGCGAACAAGGAUUACAUCAGCUUAAAAUGGAAGGAUCCUCCUGAUGCAGAACACCUGAUUGGAUAUCGGGUGCGAAUUAUGAGCCAAGAUGGAGGAGUCUGGGACAUAUCAAAGAGGUACAUGAGAGAAUCAGGCGUGGCUGGUAUAAACAAUCGGCUUGUGAUCGCUCUUACGGGUAACUUCGACAGCAGUUCUGUAGUUGAUGGCGUGGUCAUUAAAAUUCCCAAGUGCAAUAUUCACCCGGUCGGACGCCACGACACAAAAGUGCAGGUCGCAUCGUUGCCUUAUGGUUACAAUGCAAAGACACUGCCACGCAUUGAAGUGGAAAUAAAAAUUACCGAUUGUAUGACGCGUGGAUGUGUCACACAUUCAGCGAACCCAUUCUGCACCUGUGAUCACAUGGCAAUUCAUGUGGACGAUGUAGACUUUGUUGAUAAUUCUUCUGCCGUGAUAAACUGGAGCUGGAGUGAGUGGGCUCGAAACCCAAAAACGGUGUAUACAAUGCAGGUUCGUUUUGGAAGGAGGACAUCUUCUGGCCAUUGCGAGCAUUUGCAGCGAGGUAAAGAGAGAACAAUUAGAUCGGGGAUGAGCAACAUGCCGAUCAUGAUGACCAGCGAGCGACUGACGGACUGCAUGAAAGUCCAGAUCGAAUAUAAAUUACUGGAAUGUUACAGCUGGCAUGACUACCCUGAACUGGAAAGUCCAUCCUUCUUCUCCGACCCACUUCCAAAUGAGCAGCCUCCGGAACAUUCUCCUUCUAUCACCAGCACCGCCACCAGUGUCACCACCGGCACUCCUCCAACAUCUUCCAGCACGUCUGCCGACAGUCGCAACACUACUAUUGUAUUGUCCCUUGGUGGUCUAGCGGCAAUAUUAACUUUGCUAUUACUGCUGGUCUUCUGCCAGAUACGCUUCAACCCUAGAGUUAAACAACCCAUCAGUGCAUGGAUCACACAGCACAUAGCACCUUGCAAACAACCAAACUACAAGGGCAGACCUAUCCACAGCUCCACUAACAGUGAUGCCCCGGCACCGUGUCACAGCAGUCCAGGUCAGCGCAACUCCGAGCUGCUCGAGUUCCCUUCGCGCCGGGUCUACAUCAGCUACUCGCGCUACACGGACACGAGUGCAGCGCAUGCACGACGCAUGUGUAGGCUGCUGCAGCAAUGUCACGUUGACGCUGUACUGGAUCUGGAUCACGAGAUUGACCUCGCCGAUAACUGGAUGUCCUGGUUGGAGAACGAGCUACGUCACGCCGAUCACACUGUGGUUCUCCUGGACCAGUAUCACCCGCUGAGCAUGCACCUGUCUAGGGACAAUCAGCGUGCACUCAUGGAGGUCAGCCAUGGCAUGUGCCGCUCGUUCUCCGAAGCAGAUUGCCUUACAGGUGAAAUGUUCUCGCACCGUCCAGACUUCAUCAUCCCUGUGAUCGUUGGCUCAGGCAUCACCAGUGCACGCAGCAUUGUCCCGAUGCAGAUGAUGGCUAGUCAUAUUUACCGACUGCCGGUUGACUUUUCAGCCGUGAACCCAGACUUUGAGCAGCUCAGGCACCGUCUUCUGGGGAUAAAUCGUGCUCCAUGUCAGGAUGAAUCAUGACCAGUAUGGUUAUAAAUCAUUCUUGAUAUUGCUGUCCCGGAACAGUUCUAGAAUUUGAUAUUUUGAUAUCUUUGCGAACACUCAAUGUACAUGUAUGGUUGUGGUUAUUGUUGUUGUGAGUUUUGAUGUUAACGACGUUACAGAUAUCUUUAGCAGCAGCACUGCAGCAUUGAGCAAUUAGAACAUCAAGCACAGGAUAUAAAAUUUGUUGAUUUCGUUGAAGUUGAGAUUCCGUACACCACAUUGAUGAAUCGAAUCUUUGCUGGCAUUCAACUUACAAUAAUAUUAUUACUGAAAUAGGAAGGAGCCGAUUGUAGAAACGUGCUGCAAAUAA